CGAGGAGCCCGUCAUUCUGGCGCUUGCAUCAUCAUCGGAACUUUAAAACCCAGAUAGAUGCCACUUUGCGAGCCGUGAAUUUGUCGGUGGAUUUCUCAAGCAACGUUGGCGACAAGAAACAUCAAACCCUUGUAUUAUCUACUCGGAAAGAAAUACCAUUCGCUGAAUAGCCCUGCGGUUAACAUAGAGGCGAACGAUACCGCCAUGGCGCCACCGCCCGAGAUUGCGAUACCCUCAACGAGCGUUUCUGAUGAAGGCUCGUCGAAGCCUUAUACCCUGUACAACAUUAGCCUCCGCCUGCCACUGCGCUCCUUCAUCGUCCAGAAGCGAUACUCCGAGUUCGACGCCCUCCACAGCGCUCUGGUCGAGCAAGUCGGCGCGCCGCCGCCACACCCCCUGCCCGGCAAGCACUGGCUCAGGUCGACCAUCAACUCCCCGGACCUCACACACGAGCGACAGGUCGGCCUCGAGAAAUACCUCCGAGCAAUUGCAGAGACGCCAGAUCGGAGAUGGCGGGACACUUCGGCCUGGAGAACGUUCUUGAAUCUACCCAGUUCUAGCACGAGCAAUUCUACAGUGUCGGCGGCAGGUAUGGUUGGCACUGCCUCGGGGGUGGCGGAUCCGGGAGCUUGGCUUGAUGUUCACAGGGAAGUGAAGCAGUGUUUGCAUGAGGCGCGACAAUCCCUUUCGAAGCGAGACGGCGCGGCCGACAGCGGCAAUUUUUCGGCGGCGGCGGAGGCUGCGGCGGCGGCCAAGAGGGUGCUUGUGAAGGCAUCGGGACUGGUCAACAAUCUUUCCGAUGGUCUUCGUAGGAUGCAAGAGUCGGGUAGAUUGGGUGAUGGCGAGAUACGGCGGAGACGGGACCUUGUCUCGGCGGCCAAGAUGGAGCGAGAUGGGUUGGAUAAGCUUGCCAGCAGCAUGCCAGGAGCUCCGGCGGCUACCAGUCGUGGCGGAAUGGGCCAAGUGCAGGCUUCCUCUUCCAACAGAUCGAACCUCUUGGGGGGACAUAGGCCCGCGCCGACGGGUAGGGUAUUGGGUGCACCGUUACCCGAGACGGAUCGGACGAGGGAGCUCGACAACCAAGGCGUGCUGCUGCUGCAGAAGCGAGAGAUGGAAUCCCAGGACCAGGCGAUCGAUCAGCUGGCGGCAAUCAUACGGAGGCAGAAAGAAAUGGGCAUCCAGAUCAACGAGGAGGUGGAGCGACAGACGGAGCUGCUGGACUCACUCGACGAGGACGUCGAUCGGGUCGAAGGCAAAGUCAGGAUCGCCAACAGGCGUAUUAAGAAGAUGUGACUGGGCGUCAUCAUGGCGCUCCUUCAGAUGAUUUUUCUCGCGAUGCGGAUUCUGGCUUAUUGGCUCUGGGUUGGAAAGACGCUGUCUGAUGCUUUGGUUUGGGUAUGGGAGUUUGUGCUUGUGAUUCUUUAUAAGGGUGGGAAGCUGGUAUAAACGUCCUUUUUUUAUUCGUUUGUUUUUCUUUUUUUUUUUUUUUUU